CACUACUCCUGUCCUAAGGUCUCUUGUGGAGGGCUGACAAGAGGCCAGAAUCAAGCCAGAAUUAGGCCAGAAUUCAGCCAGAAAUCCACAAUAAGCAAAUAAUAGAAACAACCCCCCCAAGUCAAAUCAAUAAUAAUAGUCGAGUCUUGGGACACUUUAAGACCCCUCAAGUAAUAACCAAGCACUUGUCAUAACAAGUCUCCGAAGACCUACCUGCUUAGUAGACGCCGUGCCUUGCCUUGCUUGAGGGCCCCCUUUGCCCCCCUCAACCAUCCACUUGUUGUAUGAAUCCUCUGCAACUCAACCAUCAUGUGGACGUGGUCUGCCUCUUGGCAAUUGGCAUCAGUGGAACUGCUGCUACACAUCUCCCCGUCAAAGAAAACACACACAGAGCACGAGUAAGGUGCCCACCGAGCCGAUGCGCAGUACAGUUGUACCCACCUCACUCACUCAGCCCGGGAAAUGUAUGUCACUUUUCCCACCGCUCUUCCCAUAUCCUCAUGUUCCCCCCUUUUCCCGCGUCUUGGCUUUGGGGCUUCAGACACUUCAGAGGACAGAGUUGGACGAGAGCAGCCAACUCUCCUCCACUCUCCUCCCCCUCCGCCCCGUAGAGCCCCGUCAGCGCAAGUCCUCUGCUGUGGAUAUGUCAUUCCCUCGGGGCGAGUGCGUCCUCCUCAAAGGCCCCGUCACAGCAGGAUUUCGAACCAAUAGCCCAGCCGCCGAAACCUCCCGGGCUGUCUCGGCAGUGCAAAGGGCAAUAUCUCUCGACCCGGACAGAACCGCAGAACCGCUUGUGGGAGUCUCUUCCCCGCUGUCAAAAAGACGGGGCGGAUCCGGGGCCAUUGGUCCCUUCUGCUGGGCAUGGGGGAUGGCCGCCGCGCCCAAAGCCACCAGCCAUCAGGAGGAUUUCGAGAAGAGUCCUUGGAUGUCGUUUGCCAAGGGUUCCCGAUUUGGAACGCUCAUCCUUUACCCCUCCUACACUUGA